CUGCUGCUGCUGCUGCUGCUGCUGCUCGCUGGGGCCCCGCCUGCGGCUGCCGGCGACGCCAAGAAGAGCGACGUCAGGCUGGUGUCGGAGCAGUUCUCGCAGUCCCCACAGAAGCUGUCUUUCUACAGCUGGUACGGAAGCGCCAGGCUCUUCCACUUCCGCGUGCCCCCGGACACCGUGCUGCUGCGCUGGCUGCUGCAAGUGUCCCGGGGCGGCGGCCCUGCGUGCACCGACGUGGAGAUCACUGUGUACUUCCGUUAUGGCGCCCCUCCUGUCAUCAACCCUCUGGACACCAGCUUCCCCGCCAACACCUCCGUGCAGCCCUCCUUCCUCAUCAAGAUGCUGCAGAGCAACGCAUCCGUCAACAUCUCCCACCCAGCACCCGGGGACUGGUUUGUGGCCGCCCACCUGCCGCCCUCAUCCCAGAAGAUUGAGGUGAAGGGUUUUGUGCCCACCUGUGCCUACAUCUUCCAGCCGGACAUGCUUGUCCUGCGGGCAGUCGAGGUGUUCAUCCUGGAGCCUGAUGUCCCCCUUCCACAGACUCUCCUGUCCCACCCCAGCUACCUCAAAAUCUUCAUCCCUGAGAAUACCCGGGAGCUGCGGCUGGAGCUGCAGGGCUGUGCGACCAACGGGAGUCUGGGCUGCCCUGUUCGCCUUACUGUGGGCUCGGCCACCCUGCCCAGGAACUUCCAGAAGGUGCUCACGUGCGUUAGCCCCAGUUGGGCCUGCCACCUGCUGUUGCCUUCGCCGCCCUGGGACCGGUGGCUGCAAGUGACAGCCAGGAGCCUGGCCGGGCCUCAUGUGUCGGUGGCCUUCAGGGCUGUAGCUGCGCUCACAGCCUGCAGGCCGUGGACCCCGAACUCCCAGCACCUCUUGCCGAGCGGCACAAACCAGAGCUGUAACGCCUCCGCUGGCCUGCUGCCCCCAAGCCCCGGCUCCCGUGGCCCGGGCAGGAGCAGCAGGCUGGGCAGCGGGCCCUUCUGCCUCAUGAGCUACCCGGUCCUUCGAGAAGACAUGGACGUGGUAUCUGUACGCUUCCGGCCCGUGGACAGGGUCUCCAUGCUGGUGCAGUCAGCCGUGCCCUCGGUGCUGCGGCUGCACCUCAACACUGGCAUGGACAGCGGGGGCUCCCUCACCGUCUCCCUGCAGGCCAACCAGACCGCGGUCACCAACAACACCUUGGUCGUGGUCUGCGUGAAUGCAGCCUCGCCCUUCCUCAGCUUCAACACGUCGCUCAACUGCACUACAGCCUUCUUCCAGGGCUACCCCCUGUCUCUGAGCGCCUCAUCACGCCAGGCCGACCUCGUCAUCCCCUAUCCAGAGACAGACAACUGGUACCUCUCCCUGCAGCUCGUAUGCCCCGAGAGUCCUGAGGAGUGUGAGCAGACCUCGGUCCUCGUGGAGACCGCCUUGUACUUGGUGCCUUGCCUGAAUGACUGUGGACCCUACGGCCAGUGUCUUCUGCUGCGCAGACACAGCUACUUGUAUGCAGGCUGCAGCUGCAAGGCAGGCUGGCGUGGGUGGAGCUGCACGGACAACAGCACAGCCCAGACGGUGGCCCAGCAGAGGGUGGCUGCCCUCCUUCUCACCCUCAGCAACCUCAUGUUCCUGGCUCCCAUUGCCAUCUCCGUGCACCGCCUCCUCCUGGUGGAGGCCUCCGUCUAUGCCUACACCAUGUUCUUCUCCACGUUCUACCAUGCCUGUGACCAGCCCGGGGAGGCGGUGCUGUGCAUCCUCAGCUAUGACACAUUGCAGUACUGCGACUUUCUGGGCUCUGGGGUGUCCAUCUGGGUCACCAUCCUCUGCAUGGCGCGGCUGAAGGCGGCCUUGAAACACGUCCUGUUUCUCCUGGGCACACUGGUCUUCGCCAUGUCCUUGCAGCUGGACCGCAGGGGUGCCUGGAAUAUGAUGGGGCCUUGUCUCUUUGCCUUUGUGGUUAUGGUCACCAUGUGGGUGUACCGCUGCGGGCACCGGCGCCAGUGCUACCCGACCUCCUGGCAGCGCUGGGGCUUUUUCCUCCUGCCCGGCAUCUCCAUGGCCGCUGUGGCUGUGGCCAUCUACACCUCUAUGAUGACCAGUGACAACUAUUACUACACCCACAGCAUCUGGCACAUGCUGCUGGCGGGAAGUGCGGCCUUCCUGCUGCCGCCGCGAGAGGAGCACACCGAGCCCUGGGCCUGCUCGCAGAAGCUCACGUGCCGCUAUCAGAUCUGUAAGAGCCACCGAGAGGAGCUGUACGCGGUGACGUGACAUGGCCGGCUCGGGGACGCCUGCGGCUGUGAUGAUGAACCUCACUGGCCAGGGAUAUGACCGAAGAACGAGUCUGUCCAGACCGAUUUCCAACUGAAUAAAAUUGCCCUGUGCACCCU